AUGACAAAAAAAAUAGAAGAAACAAUGCAAAAAAAAAUAUCAGAUAUUUUUUAUCGAUAUCCAAUAAUUGAUGGAGCACGUGAUAGUGUCACAUACAAUACUGCGAAGAUCGAAGAUGAUGAAGAUGUUACUUCAAGGCUUAAUUGUCACACUAGAGGAAGUUUAUCCCACGCAAUCGUCCCAAACACAUCAAUAUCAACAAAGCCAGUCCUCCCUACACGGAGAGCCAUCCCAUACCAACAUAACGAGCCAUUGUUUCCGGAAGAAGAGGUUGAUGAUGAUAGCGACUCUGAUGAUGCCAGGCAACUUUAUUUGUUUGGUGGUUCUAGUGACGAUUCAGGUGACGAAAUUAUUCCCGUGUCACAACCUUCUCCAGUACUUGAUUUAUACAACCCACCAUAUCACAUGAGAAAUCAUGUUUCCGAUCCUACUGGGCCUGUAUCGGUCUUUGAUUCCAUAGACGAGGGUCAUGAAUGUGGAGGUUUAAAGGACGGCAUGAAGUUUGAAAACAAUGAAAGUUGUAUGUAUGCAAUCCGUCAAUAUCACAUUAAAAAUAGUGUUGAUUACGAGAUUUAUAAGUCUGAUACGCAACGUUUCUUGGUUAGAUGUCGGAUCGAAGGAUGCGGCUUCACAUGUAGAGCAUCAUUACGAAAGGGGUGUGGUAAAUGGGUUAUUGGUAGAAUUGGUGGACUACACACUUGCAUGGCGUCUGCUAUGUCACAAGAUCACAAUAAGCUUGACUCAAAUCUUAUCGCUCAAAGCAUCAGAGCUCUUGUCAGCGAUGACGCUUCAAUCAAGGUGAAAACUAUUAUCGCUCAUGUUCGUACAGUUUUCAACUACACGAUAUCUUAUAAAAAAGGAUGGCUUGUAAAGAACAAAGCAAUCGAGUCUAUUUAUGGAAACUGGGAGGCUUCAUACAACGACCUACCGCAAUGGUUGUUAGUCAUGCGAGAGCAUCUUCCUGGAACCGUAAUAGAACUAGAAAUACUGCAUGUAUAUUUAGAUGAUGGAACACAAAUUAGUGGUGCAAGAAUUUUCCAUCGCCUUUUUUGGACAUUUCAACCUUGUAUCAGGGGUUUUGCCUAUUGCAAACCAAUUGUGCAAGUCGAUGGCACAUGGCUGUAUGGAAAAUAUAGGGGAACGUUGCUAAUGGUUGUUACACAAGAUGGGAACGGUAACAUUUUUUCAAUCGCCUACGCAUUGGUUGAAGGUGAGACCGAAGGGGCUUGGAGUUUUUUCCUGAAAAAUUUGCGGCUCCACGUGACCCUUCAGUCCGAUCUAUGUUUGAUAUCUGAUCGACACGAGUCUAUAAAGACUGCAUACAACAACCCAGACAAUGACUGGAAAAAUCCUCCUUCAGUGCAUGUGUAUUGCAUCAGGUAUGCUCUGACGGAGUCUACAUACGCUUAUUAUCGAGAGGAAAUCCGACAAACAGACAUGGAAGCUUUCAACUGGAUAGAGAAUCUUCCAAGAGAAAAAUGGUCGCGAGCUUAUGACGGUGGAAGACGAUGGGGUCACAUGACAACUAACUUUGUUGAAUCGUUGAACUCAGUGAUGAAGGAAACAAGGAAUUUACCUAUUACAUCACUGGUAAGAUCAACAUACUUCAGGAUGGGCACAUUGUUUGGGAGGCGAGGUCAUGAUUGGACAAAAAUGUUGUCAUCAAAGAAGGAUUUCACAGAUAAUUGCAUGAAAGGGAUGACGAAAGAAGUAGAAAAAUCUCACAGUUAUAAUGUCCUGAGUUUUGAUCGUGAGAGAAACUAUUUCGUCGUCCAAGAGACGGUUAAUAAUAACGAGUGUCGGCCACUUACUUAUUAUAACGUCGACCUCCAAAAACAAACAUGUGACUGUGGACAAUUUCAGACUUUUCAUGUGCCCUGCUCGCAUGCCAUUGCAGCUUGUUCUCAUGUCCGACUCAAUUAUAUGAUGUUUAUCCCUCCUGUAUUUAGAGUUUGA